GGCAAGGUUGAGAGAGAGACCGACGGAGAAUCAGAGAUAACGUUACGUGCACUGUGGGUGCGUUUGGGACAAGAGGGCUUGGGAAGGAGUGAAGACACUGUAGCCCCUCGAACUCUUUUGUUUUAGCAGAUAACACAAACGACUGCAAGAAGAUAAACCACGAAAAGGAUUAAUAAGAUAAUAUGGGGUCCACAAGGCAUCGAUCGAAGUCGGAAUCAAAACUUACUAGUCAAGGCGCUCGGCUCCUUUCAUUUGGACUUUCAGUCAUAGUUCUACAACUAUGUGCCGCAUUCAACCUGGACGUCGAGAACCCUGCUGUCUACAGCGGACCAGAGGGUAGCUACUUCGGAUAUGCGGUGGACUUUUAUUUGACCAACAGCUCAAGUGUCAGUAUAGUGGUGGGUGCACCAAAGGCCAACACCAGCCAGGUGGACAUCGAUCAGGGCGGCUCAGUCUUCCAUUGCCCCUGGAGCACCGGCCAGUCAGACUGCCACAGCAUAGAGUUUGAUCAUGAAGGCAAUCGCCCAAUCACCAUCAACAACACAGAGAGACAGGGGGAGUACAAGUCUCACCAGUGGUUUGGAGCGACCGUGCGUUCCCACGGCGACACAAUUUUGGCUUGUGCUCCUCUCUACUCCUGGAGAACAAAGGAAGAUGACCAGCGUGCUGAUUCCACAGGAACCUGCUUUCUGUCUGUCAAUAACUUCACCAAGUUUGUGGAGUAUGCUCCAUGUCGCACAGAACUUUCUGCAGAAUCGGGCCAAGGGUACUGUCAAGGUGGCUUCAGUGCUGACUUCACCAAGGAUGGGAAGGUUGUAUUGGGAGGACCAGGCAGCUUCUUUUGGCAAGGUCAGGUGAUCUCAGCAGUCAAGGAGCAGAUCAUCAAGGCUUAUUAUCCAGGCUACUUCCUGUCCUCUGUGGAGGGAGAAAUGCAGACCAAGCAGAAGCCCAGGCAGUGUAUCAUCGAUGACACCUACAUGGGCUAUUCAGUAACAGCGGGAGAGUUUACUGAGGAUAAUGUAGAAGAUUUUGUGGCUGGCAUCCCAAAAGGAAAUUGGUCGCAUGGUUUGGUUUCCAUCCUGAAUGGGACUGACUUGACUAAAGUGAAGACCUUCUCUGGAGAACAGAUGGGAUCGUAUUAUGGAUAUUCUGUGGCUACCACUGACAUCAACAAUGAUGGGCGUAUGGACCUGCUGGUGGGGGCGCCCAUGUUCAUGAUGUGGGACACGGACGGCCGUCUGGAGGAGAGGGGCCGCGUGUACGUGUACCUGCAGAGAGGCCUGCUCGACCUGCAGCCCCAGCAGCCCCACCUGACCGGCACAGAGCUCUACGCCCGCUUCGGCAGCUCCAUCGCCCCACUCGGCGACCUAAACCAGGACGGCUUCAACGAUGUUGCCAUUGGCUGUCCCUUUGGAGGGGAGGACCAACAGGGAGUAGUCCACAUCUAUAAUGGACACAGUGGCGGGCUCCAUGAGAAACCCUCUCAGGUCAUCUCGGGCCAGUGGGCGUCUGCGCUACCUGCCAGCUUUGGCUUCACGCUCCGUGGCAACAAAGACCUAGAUAUGAACGGCUACCCAGAUCUCAUUGUGGGAGCAUUUGGAGCUGACAAAGCAGUAGUGUACAGAGGUCGUCCCAUCGUCAACACCAGCGUGACUCUGGUGGUUCACCCGGCCAUGAUCAACCCGGAGGAGAAGCACUGCGUCAUCACCCGUGGCAACGAGACCAUCGCCGUCUCCUGUGUCAACCUCAGCUUCUGCCUGCUGGCCAACGGAAAGCACCUCCCAGACAACCUAGCGUUCCGUGUGGAGGUGCAGCUGGACCGUCUCAAGCAGAAGCAGAGAGGCGCCGUGCGGAGGGCUCUGUUCGUCGACUCCCAGCAGCCCACGCUUAUCCGGAGCCUGCCUGUGCCUGCUUGGGGCGGCGGCUGUCCGCGAACCAAGAUCUACCUCUUGGGGGAUGAAAAGGAGUUCCGAGACAAGCUGUCGGCCAUCUAUGUGGCGCUCAACUUCAGCCUGGACCCAGCGGCAGCUGCUGACAAACAUGGCCUCAGACCCAUCCUCAACUACCAGACUACGGAGCUGAUCGAGCAGAAGGCUCAGAUCCUGCUGGACUGUGGGGAGGACAACAUCUGCGUGCCUGACCUGAAGCUGACAGUGGUGGGGGACAGGAAGGAAGUCUACCUGGGUGAUGAAAACUCGCUGACCCUGACUUUCAACGCCAGAAACGAUGGGGGAGGAGCCUACGAGGCCGAACUCCACGUGGUCCUGCCCCCUGAAGCCGACUACAGCGGAAUCGCCCGGAAUAACGAGAGCCUGACCCAGCUGACCUGUAGCUAUGAGACGGAGAACCAGACGCGCUACCUCAGCUGUGACCUAGGCAACCCCAUGAAGUCCGGCACUAAUCUGUGGGCUGGUCUGCGCUUCACUGUGCCCAGGCUCAAGGACACGCGCAAGGUGGUGCAGUUUGACCUUCAGAUCCGCAGUAAAAAUGAGAACAACUCCCACAGCGAGAUGGUGCCAUAUAAACUGGAGGUGGUGGUUCAGGCUGAUGUGAUCCUGCAGGGGGUCUCUCGGCCCGACAAGGUCUUCUUCCCGCCGGCUAGCUGGAAGGUCACCAAGAGGCUGGAGGUUGAGGAGGACGUGGGCCCUGAAGUCAGCCAUGUCUAUGAGUUGGUGAAUAACGGGCCCAGUCGGAUCAGCCACACCGCACUGACGCUGCGUUGCCCCAUGCGCUUGCAGGGCCAUCAGUUCAUGUACCCACUGGAGGUUUUCACCGAGGGCCCACUCAACUGCACCACCAACCGCACCGUCAACCCACACCGCCUCAAGCUUCAGCAGUCCACCACAGAACAGCCCCCUCUACUGGACAGCCAAGUGCACCACAUCGAGAAGAGGGAGGUCCACAAAGGCCAGCUGUCGGAGAUGAGCAACCUGUCCUGCUCCAGUGUAGAGUGUUGGACCUUGUCCUGUAACGUGGGGCUGCUGGAGAGAGGCACAAGUGCCAUUCUGAAGGUGCGAUCACGGAUCUGGGCCGAGACGUUCAUGCAGCUCCCCUACAAAAAUUAUGUGCUUGAGUGUCAAGCCAUGUAUCACGUGCAGAAGAUGCCAUAUGCCAUUUUGCCCAAACAAUCUCCAAGUGGUGCCAAAAAGGUGGUCACCCCGCUGGUGUGGAAUAAGCCGGACAGCCAGUACGCUGUGCCUCUGUGGAUCAUCAUCUUGGCCAUACUGGCAGGGCUGCUUCUACUGGCUCUACUCAUAUAUGUCCUCUACAAACUGGGCUUCUUCAAGAGAACUGAGUAUGGCACCGCCAUGGAGAAGGCUCAGCUCAAGCCCCAGGCUGCAUCCGAGGCAUAAAGAGCCUGGCCGGAGCCAUCAGGAGAUUUAAAAACUCCAAGAAUACUUUCCCACAAGAUUGCAAAGACAAGAAGAAGACAUAAGUGUGGGUAGCUGUCUAAUGACCAGACAGAAUUUGGAGGGAGGACCACUGACACCCCACUGCACUGCACUAGAAGACAAAACUGACAAAUCAAAACCAAAUGAAUGUUUUAUUUUUUUUAUCCUCUGGAUUUGUCCCUGGAUUCCUCCUUAUACCAGGGACGAGUCCACUCCCUGACAUUGUCAAGGAACACACACACAUAGACACACACACACACACACACAAAACUGUAGCGGUUGAGGAGACCUCCCAUGUGGACAUGUGACUCCGCAUUAAAUCCACACAAAAGUUUUCACUCUUCCACAUAAUCAAUUCACUCACAAAAAGAGACUUUCCCUCUUUCAGUUUGGUGCUAACCACGGUGAACCUCUAUCACCUGAUCCAGCUGCGUUUUCUUUUUUUUUUUUCCAUAUCAUAUUGAGAUUAAGCCAAAGCCUUUGAUUUUGCCUUUUUGUAGCUUCCUUUACUCAAAAUACCACCAACGACCUGGGAACAUGCUUUGUUUCAGACCAUCCGGGGCCAUACUGAUACAGGCCAAAGUCUCAACAUCAGCUUGCUUCACUGGGUCGUUUUUGUUUUGUUUGUUCUCACAUCCUUUUUUUUAUAGAAGAAAUUUCAAUUUUACAGCAGGAGAUUUUAUUGAAAGGGCGCAGGACUGAGAACUGGACUGGCUGUCACCUUUGCACUCUUCAAAACAAGAUGGCCGCUGUCUCAGGUGAUGAAAUGGAAAUGCAGAGCCCUGAUCUGGGGUCCCCAGAUGCAGGAACUUGACAUAGAAACAGACAAGGAAACAAACCAACAGGAUCGUCCCGUCAUGAAGGACACUGUCUCUCUCCUACUGAUCUUUGUUCUCCAUCGUAUUCACCUGUCUGAGUUUUUUUAUUGUCAAUUUUUGCAAGCGAUUUGCAUUGCCUCAAGUAAAUCAUCUGGGACACGACUGGAUCCACACAGAGGAAAACAUACUCAAGCCUGUGAAACCUCACUGAUGCCUUGAAGCAGAGCUGUGCUUUGCCACCUCAGAGAGCACACACUAUGACCCACCAGUGCCCAGGAGCCAUGGGUGACAUGUGUACCUGCUUGUGCCUGGGCAGGCCAAUCUUCAUAAGCAGUAGGGGUCCAUUACAGGACCUCUAUUGUAUGGGGGUCUGUGUACUUUCCAGAGGAAGCCAAAACCUUGUGUCAAUGUUUCUAGAGCACAGGAAAGCCACUGUUAAGCAGGAAGGGAAAUAGCUUCACUGUUUGGUUGGUCACAGCACAAGAAGUGGGAGUUAGUUGGGAAUCGCCUCCUCAUAGUGUCGCUGUUCUCACUUUAAAGUGCACUGUGAGUCUAUAGAGUCUGAUGAUGCAGCAGUGAAAUUCUAUCAGGCUCUGUGUAUGUGCCUGUGAGGUUAUAGCUCACCAGCACCCUCUAGAGGUCACCGGUGAAUGUGCACUGACAGAGAGGAACUCAAAGGCUUCAGCCUCAAUCCAGGGACGAUUACACACAUUUGCUUGGUUUUAAUGUAAAUACUGUAUGUAUGUGUGUGUGUGUGUGUUUGGAAUGAAUGAAUGAAUGCUUCAUUCAGUUUUCCCAAUAGCUUAGUAUGGCCUUUAUCCUUGAACACAGGGAGAUUACACCAGCAUAAGUGAAGCCUUCUUGUUGUGUAAAAUCAGGGGAGAGAGUCACUAUUUAAGUGGUGAUUUAACCAGAGACAGACUGUAGUUUUUGCCAACCAUUCAGUAUCUGUCUUCUGAGGCCACUUCUAAAGGGACAACCAAGCAUUGGAGAAAACAGACAGAUGUGUUUGUAAGUGCAAUACAGAAAUGACUGUUUUUUUUUUUUUUUUUUUUCAAGUUUGUUGGAACUGUAUCAAGUUUUUUUUCUCUCUCUCACUGUGUGUAAGUUAUAUAGAUAUGUAUAGUAUUGCUUUAUUGCAAGAGGGAGGAUGUCCUUAGUCGCUAUGUCUGAGUCAGAAUUCAGUCAAAGGCCUUCUUCUGACAAGAAAAUGAAUUUUGAAAGCCAAAGACUCCAGAUCUGUUGCUAAGACCAUACUCUGUUUUUGUCAACUUGAUUAUGUGUACUGAACACAGAGGUAAAAGACAAUGCCCAAAAUGUGGGUGGAAUAUUGGCCACGAAAAGAAAGACUGAUAAUUUAAUCAUCAAAGAGUUUUUGAGACUGAACUAGAAUGCUAAGGACUCUGUUCUCAGUACUGAUUUAGUACCUACAUGGUGCAGCUUUUUCGACUACUCUGUAUUGUAUUGUGGUAAAAUCUCAAAUGAGAUUUUAGACACUAAAUACAGUAUUUGUCCAUUGAUUGAAUUUGUCCAAUUGAAUGGUAAAAUUAGGUUGAAUUUUGGAAUUGGGUGUUUUGGACUAUUAUUUUAGGUCUUUAAGUCUUUUUUUACCUUUUGCUUGUUGAAUACAUAUAUACGUGUUUUUUUUUUCAAGACACAAGGAUUUCCCCCAGUACUCAGCGAUUUUUACAUUUACAAAAACAGCCUGCCGUAUACAAUAGCCUACCAACCAACUAUUUAUACCCCCCUAAUCGUUUUAAAAUUAUUAAGUAUUCAGCACUGGGUUUGUCCUCACUUUUCUAAAUGUCCUGGUCCCAUUCUCUUUGUCUCACCAAUUAUCUGAGAUGUAUAUAUAUUUUUUGCAAAGAGAGUAUUUUUGAAUUCUGUUGAAAACCUUUGCCUUUGAGAAUUUUUCUCUUCCCAUAUUGGGGAGACUGAGCGGGAUGUUAUGUUGUUGAAGUAAUUAUUUGAUGUUAUUUCACAGUUUGCUUUUUAAAUAAAUUCUCAAUUUGUACUAAA